UUUUUAAAUAUUUUAUGUAAAGCCAAAAAUGGGUGCAUGCGUAGACAUGUUAGCGGCGAAAAUAGGUUGUAGUCUUUUCGUUCCUUUUCGGGUAUGCUUUUAAAAUUUAUUGAAUGAAUCCUAGCCCAGCUAUACGCUAACUGGAUGCCUGUUGAAUUGCGACUUUCGUUCUACCUUUUUCUAACUUUAAGUGUUAACUGUAGAGGUGCGUUUUGUGGCGAAUAUAGUUAUAAUUCCUUGCCGAGCUUAGAAAUUCAGUAUAUUUUCUAAUUACUAAUAGAUCUGUUUUCUUAAAAAUAUAAUUUUAGAUAGUACUCAUGUCCCAAAGUAUUUUUACUAAAGUGUUUAAUUCACAAUUUGUCCACAUCUAUGAUCGGAGCCGUAGUGAUCCUCUUAAGGCGUUGCAAUCAAUGAAUAGGCUUAGAGUUCCGUGGAUCUCAUCUUUCAUCAUGAAGAAUACUCUAGUCAGGCCUGAUCGUCCCCUUGAAGGCAAUAGAAUACUUGAUGUUGGAUGUGGUCCAGGAAUUCUCUCUCUUGCACUUGGUCGAUUAGGUGCAGAAGUUAUUGGAAUUGAUGAAGUUCAGAGUGCAAUUAAUUUAGCUCAAAAAUCGAGUUUCACUCUCUCCCCAGAACUUCGAUCAAAUACAAAAUUUGUGUCUGAUACGAUUGAAAAUUUUGCUUUAAAUGAAGACAAUCAUCAUGUUUUUGACGCAGUGGUUGCCUCAGAAGUUGCAGAGCAUGUUGCAGAUCUUAAUCUUUUUGUUAAAACUUGUUGCAAACUAGCAAAACCUAAUUCUCCAAUAUUCUUUACUACAAUAAAUAAAACAUUAUGUAGUUGGGUAUUUGCUAUACUCGUUGCAGAGGAUAUUUUGCGACUUUUACCAAAAGGACUUCAUGAAUACGAAAAGUUUGUUAGACCUGAGGAUCUUCGAAGAUUGCUUGUUGAUGAGCAUUGUCGACUUGGACAUACGCGUGGCAUGUUCUAUAAUCCAUUGACUGAUCAUUGGACUUGGACUGAUUUCACAGGAAUUAAUUAUGGAUUGGUUGCAUUUACAAAGCCACAUUAG